AUGAAAGACUGUGACGGGAAGGAUCGUGAAGAAUGCUCUGAAGAAGGUUGUGGCUGUACGGAGUUCGAUCCAGUUGACAGUGGUAAGAUGGUUUGUUUGUGCAGCCAUCGUGCUGCUAAACAUAACAAAGUCGCUGCAGCUGCAAAGCCAUUCUUCGGUCGUAUUGCAAAACCAACUCAAGGAGGCGAUGGAAG